GCCUGUGCGCGCAGGCGCGGCGCGGCUCGCAGGGGCGUUGCUGGGAAACAUCUGGCGACGCCUGCGGCGGGGACCGGGCGCUAUGGCAGCAGCGGCGGCGGCGCUGGCACGGCUGGCGGCGGCCUUCCUCCUCCUCACGGCCCAGGUGGCCUGUGAGUACGGCAUGGUGCACGUGGUCUCUGAGACGGGCGGCCCUCGGGGCAAGGACUACUGCAUCCUGUACAACCCCCAGUGGGCACACCUGCCGCAUGACCUCAGCAAAGCGCCCCUCCUGCAGCUGCGGGACUGGACAGCCUCUGUGCUCUGCCUGCCCUCCGACCUCCCCACCAAGGGCUUCAGCAACCAGAUCCCGCUGGUGGCGCGGGGGAACUGUACCUUCUACGAGAAAGUGAGGCUGGCGCAGGGCGGAGGGGCACGUGGGCUGCUCAUCGUCAGCAAGGAGACGCUGGUCCCCCCAGGCGGCAACAAGACCCAGUAUGAUGAGGUCGGCAUUCCCGCGGCCCUGCUCAGCUACAAAGACCAGCUGGACAUCUUCAGGAGCUUUGGCCGCGCAGUGAGGGCGGCGCUGUAUGCGCCCCACGAGCCCAUGCUGGACUAUAACAUGGUGGUCAUCUUCAUCACGGCCGUCGGCACCGUCGCCCUUGGGGGCUACUGGGCGGGGGCCCGGGACGUGAAGAAAAGGUACAUGAAGCACAAGCGGGGCGACGGGCCCGAGAAGCAGGGGGACGAGGCCGUGGACGUGACGCCGGCCAUGAUCUGCGUGUUCGUGGUCAUGUGCUGCUGCGCGCUGGUUCUGCUGUACCUCUUCUACGACCAGCUCGUCUUUGGCAUCAUUGGGAUCUUCUGCCUGGCCUCCUCCACCGGCCUCUACAGCUGCCUGUCACCCUGGGUGCAGAGACUGCCGUUCUGCACGUGCAGGGUCCCCGACAACGGGCUGCCCUACUUCCACAAGCGCCCCCAGAUCCGCAUGCUGCUCCUGGCGCUGCUGUGCGUGGCCGUCAGUGUGGUGUGGGGAGUCUUCCGGAACGAGGACCGGUGGGCCUGGAUCCUUCAGGACGCGCUGGGUGUCGUCUUCUGCCUCUACAUGCUGAAAACCAUCCGCCUUCCCACUUUCAAGGCCUGCACGUUGCUGCUGCUCGUGCUCUUCAUCUACGACGUCUUCUUCGUGUUCGUCACCCCCUUCCUGACCAAGAGUGGGAACAGCAUCAUGGUGGAGGUGGCCACCGGGCCCUCGGACUCGGCCACGCGCGAGAAGCUCCCCAUGGUCCUGAAGGUGCCCAGACUGAACGCCUCACCGCUGGCCCUGUGUGACCGGCCCUUCUCCCUCCUGGGCUUUGGGGACAUCCUGGUUCCAGGGCUGCUCGUGGCCUACUGCCACAGGUUCGAUGUGCAGGUGCAGUCGUCCAGGGUCUACUUCGUGGCCUGCACCGUUGCCUACGGCGUCGGCCUGCUGGUGACGUUCAUGGCCCUGGCCCUCAUGCAGCGUGGCCAGCCUGCUCUCCUCUACCUGGUGCCCUGCACGCUGAUCGCCAGCUGCACCCUGGCCCUGUGGCGCAGGGAGCUGGGCAUGUUCUGGACGGGCAGUGGCUUUGCGAAGGACCUACCUCAGUCUUCUUGGGCACCAGCUUCCACUGACGGCCGGCAGCCUCAGAGAAGCUCAGAUGCCUGCGCCUCCCAACAGCCUCCAGGCGAAGAGCCGGCCAAGCCUCCCCUGCCUGCAGAGCAGUCCCCGGAGCCAUCCGCCCCUGAGGAGAAGGGGGCCAGUGCACCCACCCAGGAGCCCACGAGCCCACCCAGCCGCACCCCCGAACCCAUGGGGCUGCCAGGGGCCUUGGCCUAGGAGGGGGCAGUGCAGACCCCCAGCCCCUCCACGCUGAGAGGGGCUCGUGACGCAAACAAGCCCCCCCACUCCUCGGUGCUCUGGUCUGGCCAAUGCCUGCAUCCAGGCGGGGGCACCGCUGUCCCCACCCUGACUCCGACUCCUCUGCCUCCACCACCAGUGGAGCCUGCUGUACUCCGGACCCUCCAGCCUGCCGAGGUCACCGCCGUCCGAGUGCCCAGCUGCGUUGUGCUCGGGGUGCGCCUCACAGGGCAGGGGGCCUGGGCUGCACGCGGAGCAGAUGUGCCCACACUGGUGCUCACCGCGCUGCUGCUCCCUGGGCUCCCCCAAUGGCACCCCGGCCCCGCAGGAGGGGGGCUCCUGCCUCGCAGCGCAGCCCCUGGCUGAGCAGAGGCCUUCCGGCCGUCCAGCGGGUCUGGACACGAGCCCUGAGCCCUGCAGGUUUAGGCUCAGGCUGUGGGCCCAGCCGGUGUGGGCGUGGACCCCCUCAGGGCUGGCAGGCGGCCUCCAGGGCCGCACCCUGCCGGCUCCUCCUUCUUCCUGGAAGGCGCCCUGAGCCCGCCCUUGGCUAUCGCCUCAUUUUAAUAAAUGGCCGCGACAUUUUGGGAUGCCCGUAGUGUUGGUUCUUGGGUGUUAGUCUUUGUCACCCUUCUGAGGAUGGGUGGGCGCAGGGCCAGUGGACAGGUCCUCAGGGUCACCCCCCGCGGCUGCGACAGCCAGCUCCCGUCCCUCGGCUGCAUCCUGCCUUUCUGCACAGAGGGACCUGGUGUCCCUCCCUCGCCCAGGGCGUCUGCUCCUUCUCACUCUCAUCCCAGCGCCCCUGGCUCCUGCUGCCCAGGCGAGGCGGGCGCACUUACAGUUUAAAUCACGAGGAGAAUAUUCUGGAACCGGCAUUUUGUCUUCUACCUCACCGACAGGGUUCUCUGAGGCUCGUGGCGUGGCACUGGGGGUGCCUGUGCUCCAGCCCUGCCGUGCCCGGCCACGCUCGUGGAGGCACAGACCCUGCAGCUUGGUGUGGCCCGGCCCCGGCCCCACCUGCCUGCCAUGCCCUUGGGUGGCGCAGUGUGACCCACUGUGAGCACAACCAGUGUCAGACCUGCACUCAGCCCUUGCCAGCCACGCUUCCCGAGGGAGAAACAAUGUUUAUUCCAAAAAACACUAAGCAUCUUCCACCUGCUUUUGUGUAUUUCUUCAAAAGAGUGGGGGGCCUGGGAGAGGGGGGUGGCCUAGGCGACAGGCUGAGCAGACUCCCUGGCAUCAUUCUAAGCCAUCUUGUAUGUCGGUGUCAGAGCGGGGAAUGUCUUCUCUGUUCUGGAAAUUUGACAAAUGUGGAGAAAUUCAAAGGGAGAUGUUAGUUCCUCAAGUUCCCAUUUGCAGUUUUCGCCUCGCUUCUGUUUGAAUCUUGUAAUUAAACACAGCUUUUGAUACCA